AAACAGAAAAACAAAGUGCGAGCCAGCCCAUCUUCUCUGUGGAAUCACUGAAUCUGCCUCAACUCAUCCAUCCUUCUAUUCUCUUCUUCCAUCUUUUUCUUAAGAGAUUAACACCAUAAAUUUUUUCACCAAAUCUUUUCAUUUACUUCUCUUCCAGAUUUUUACCUUUUUAGAGAGAACCCUCUAUGGCUCUUGGCCCUUAUCCCUCUUUGGCUCUUUAGAUAUUGUGCCAUUCACUUACCAUCGUACACAGUGAACUGAAACUCACCUUGGUGGUGUCAAUGGAACCAGAGAGGAAUAAUGGUGAGAAAGAUGAUGAGUACGUUGAUUGGAGAGGUAGAAGCGUGCAAUCAACAAGGUUGGGACUGGGUGGGGUUAAAGCUGCUGUUUUCAUUUGCGUUGUAGAGGUAUUGGAAAACAUGGUGUUCUUAUCAAAUGCCGCAAACUUCGUUUCAUAUUUUAAGGCUUCGAUGCAUUACCCGCUCGCACAGGCUGCAAACAUGGUCACAAAUUUUAUGGGAACAUCUUUCCUCCUCACAAUAUUUGGUGGUUUUAUCUCAGACUCCUUCAUUCCAAAGUUUUGGGCCUUCAUCCUCUUCGGUACAAUAGAGCUACUGGGACUAGCCACACUUACGGUCCAAGCUCAAUACGCAAGGUUCCAGCCGGCCAUGGGAAGAACGCCGUCGACAUCCGAAGCAGCAAUGCUUUACGGUGGGCUCUAUACAAUGGCCACAGGGGUGGGCGGGAUAAAGGCUGCAUUGCCGGCACACGGUGCCAACCAACUUGAUCAUACCAACAAGAGGCUCAUGAAUGCCUUCUUCAAUUGGUUCUUCUUUUCCGUCGCUAUGGGUGGCAUACUAGCAUCCACUAUUAUGGUUUGGGUUGAAGAUAACAAAGGCUGGAAAUGGAGUUUCACGAUUGGUAUCAUUAUCUUCUCCGCCGCUCUCUGCAUUUUCGUCGCUGGACUCCCAUUUUAUAGACAUACACGUCCAACUGGGAGUUCAUUAAGCAGGAUUUUUAAGGUUGUUGCAUCUACAGCACGGAACUGGAAAACACCAUCCCAAGAGAUGAUUACUGAGAAUGGUUUUGGUGGGAGAUCCAGUAACAAGUUUAGGUUUCUAAAUAGAGCAAUAAUGGAUGACACUAUCAGUCCUGGCCAAGUUGAAGAAACCAAGACUUUCCUUGGCCUCCUACCAAUCUUUCUAAGCACAAUCAUGAUGAAUUGCUGCCUAGCCCAGGUUCAAACCUUCUCUGUGCAACAAGGAGUCCUCAUGAACAAGAGACUAUUCAAUCACUUCGAGAUACCGACACCAUCCCUAGUGGCGCCUCCAUUGAUAAUCAUGCUUUCCUCCAUCCCCUUAUACGAGCAUUUAGCAGGAAAAUUAUCUAAGUCUAAGAAGUUCUCUGAGAAGAACCCAUUCGAACCACUCAGGCGGAUUGGUUUCGGGCUUGUGUUGGCAUCUGUAGCAAUGGCCGUGGCUGCUAUAGUAGAAGCCAAGAGACGUGAAGCUGCUGUAUAUGAUAAAGUUGAGCUUAGAGUCUACUGGCUUGUGUUCCAGUUCCUUUUACUUGUUUUCUCUGACUUUCUCACACUUGGUGGGAUGUUAGAGUUCUUCUACUCCGAGGCACCUGAUAGCAUGAGAAGUAUGUGCACUGCAUUGGCUUGGUGUUCCACCUCCAUGGGUUAUUUCCUGAGCUCUGUACUUGUCUGGGUCACUAACUCAGUGACUGGAUCCUUGGGCAAGGCGUGGUUGGGAGGGAUUACUCUGAAUGAAAACCGUUUGGACCUGUUCUACACCCUUCUCUGUGUUCUUAAUUUUGUCAAUUUCCUUAACUAUGUGUAUUGGGCCAAACGGUUUUGAGGUUAGUUUUAUGGAGCAAAAAUAUAUUAGUUUGGUACAUUGUGGCAUUUAUAACUUCAUGUAAUUAAGAAAUUUAUCUCUUUUUUUUUCCCAUUAAAA